AUGGUUGCUCAAUUGAUAAGCGGGUUGGAGUAUUCGAAAAAAGUGCUCACCGAAGUGUCGGAGAAGCUCGCCGAAGUCAGAAAAGUGCAUCCAGCGUUCAAUUCGGUGCUAGCUAUCGUUCAAGUUGGUAAUCGCUGCGAUUCGAAUGUCUACGUUAACGCGAAGAUCAAGAAAGCGAAAGAGAUUGGAGCAGAAGGACGUCUGGUAAAGCUUUCUGAUACUAUCACUCAAGGCGAUCUUGAGAGAGAAAUCAAAAACUUGAACAAUGAUUUUGAAGUUGAUGGAAUUAUUAUCCAGCUUCCACUAGACUGCAAAAAUCCGAUUGAUGCUGAUGAAGUAAUUGAUAUGAUUGAUCCAUUAAAGGAUGUUGAUGGGUUGACACGAAUAAAUGCUGGUCGCUUGAUGAGAGGGGAGCUCCAGCGCACAAUCUUUCCGUGUACUCCAUUCGGAUGCCUUUAUUUGGUGCAACAAGCUACUGGAGAUAUAAACUAUGUUUCUGGCAAAGAAGUUGUUGUUCUUGGCAGAUCCAAAAUCGUUGGCUCACCAGCUGCUUCAUUGUUUUUGUGGCAUCAUGGAACUGUGACAAUCUGCCACUCGAAAACCAAAAACAUCAAAGAUAUUUGUCUCCGAGCUGACAUUCUUGUUGUAGCCAUUGGAAAAAAGAACUACGUCAAAGGAGAUUGGAUCAAGCCUGGUGCGGUUGUCAUUGAUUGCGGAAUCAACGUCGAUGAGCCUGCAGAGGAAGGAAAAAAGAACAAAUUGUUCGGAGAUGUCGAUUUUGAAGCCGCUAAGGAGGUUGCUGGAUACAUAACUCCAGUUCCUGGAGGCGUUGGACCGAUGACAGUCGCAAUGCUGAUUCGCAAUACCUUUGAACAAGCUAAGAAGCGCAGACUUCAAACUGAGAGCUCGUGGAACGUUGAAUAUUUGAAGCCAACGCUUCAAGACCCGGUGCCUUCGGACAUUGCUAUCUCGAGAAGCCAGCCACCAAAGAACAUCGAAAAGGUUGCGAGUGAGAUCGGAAUUCAUCCUGACGAACUUGAUCUUUACGGUCGCAAGAAGGCUAAAGUCUCUUUGGAUAUUUUGAAAAGACUCAACCAUGUUCAAGACGGAAAGUAUGUUGUGGUUGCCGGAAUUACUCCAACUCCUCUUGGAGAAGGAAAGUCGACUACAACUAUUGGAUUGGUUCAAGCUCUUGGAGCUCAUCUCAACAAAAAUGUAUUCGCAUGUGUACGUCAACCAUCUCAAGGCCCAACAUUUGGAAUUAAAGGAGGAGCUGCUGGUGGAGGAUAUUCACAGGUAAUCCCAAUGGAGGAAUUCAAUCUUCAUCUUACUGGAGAUAUCCACGCCAUCACGGCCGCAAACAACCUCCUAGCUGCUGCUAUUGAUGCUAGAAUGUUCCAUGAGGCCACUCAAACCGACGAAGCUCUGUUCAAUCGCCUUGCUCCAAAAAACAAGCAAGGCAUUCGCAAGCUCUCUGAAAUUCAACUUCGCCGCUUGGAUCGCCUUGGAAUCCCUCGUGUUGAAAAUGCCGAUGAUCUUGACGGCGAUCAACGAAGACAAUUCGCUCGACUUGACAUUGAUCCAGAAUCCAUCACUUGGAAUCGUGUGAUUGAUACGAAUGAUCGCUUCCUUCGUGGAGUUGAAAUUGGACUGGGACCAUCUGAGAAAGGACAUACUCGCCGUACCCAUUUCGAUAUUUCCGUUGGAAGCGAGUUAAUGGCAAUCCUCGCUCUGACAACGUCAUUGGCCGAUAUGCAAGAGCGGAUUUCACGUAUUGUUAUCGGAUCAGAUAAGUCAGGCAAACCAGUUACCGCCGACGAUAUUGGAGUCACCGGCGCUCUUACGGUAUUGAUGAGAGACACCGUCCGACCAAAUCUAAUGCAAACCCUCGAAGGAACUCCUGUCUUUGUUCAUGCCGGCCCAUUCGCUAACAUUGCUCAUGGACAGAGCAGCAUCCUCGCUGACAAGGUUGCGUUAAAACUAGUUGGACCUGAAGGAUUCGUGAUCACUGAGGCCGGAUUUGGAGCUGAUAUCGGAAUGGAGAAAUUUUUCAAUAUCAAAUGCCGCUACUCUGGACUUCAACCAUCAGCUGUUGUCCUUGUUGCUACUGUUAGAGCUUUGAAAAUGCAUGGAGGUGGUCCAACUGUGACUCCAGGAACUCCUUUGAAGUUCGAGUAUCUUCACGAAAAUAUUGAACUUGUUGAAGCUGGAUGCGAUUCAAAUUUGAGAAAGCAGAUUGAGAAUGCUAAAAAGUUUGGCGUUCCUGUUAUUCUUUGCGUUAACAAAUUUGCAACUGAUACUGAUGCUGAAUUAGCUACCGUCGUCCGCAAGGCUAAGCAGCACGGAGCUUCUGAUGCCGUUGUCUCGGAGCACUGGGCCAAGGGAGGACUCGGAGCUAUCGAACUUGGCAAAGCUCUCAUUAAAGUUACAACGGAAGCUCCAAAUGACUUCAGAUUCCUCUAUGACUUGGAACUUCCAUUGGAGAAAAAAAUUGAAAUAAUUGCCAAGGAAAUCUAUGGUGCUGAUGGAAUUGAAUUGAGCGAACUUGCCCAAAAGAAAAUUGAUAUCUACACGAAACAAGGUUUUGGAAAACUUCCUAUUUGUAUGGCCAAAACUCAACUUUCAUUGACUCAUGAUCCAUCCAAGAAGGGUGCUCCAACUGGAUUCACCAUUCCUAUCCGUGAUGUGCGCGCUUCAGUUGGUGCUGGAUUCAUUUUCCCAUUGUGCGGAGAGAUAACUACCAUGCCGGGUCUCAACACUCGCCCAUGUUUCUUCGAUAUCACCAUCGACCCUGAAACCGAAUUAAUCGAUGGCCUCUUCUAG